AUGACUUCCACGGACAUAACAGUGAUAGAAAGACUUCGGAAAGAGAAUUUAGAACAGUUUUUUACUUUAGUGCGUAUGCAUUUAUCCUUUGUUGUAGAUAUUAAUUCUGACGAUGUUGAUUGUUCAACUGAUAAACCAAAGCAGUUCCGGUGGAAUUUCCACAAGAAAACAAAAAGUUCCAAUUCAAAUUCUAGUCAAAUUAAUGUAAAUAACACAAAGAAUUCAGCUGAAGUAAACUCUAUAACAGAGGAAGGCAUUCUGAGGGUCACUGAGCUAAUAGAUUUUCUAUCAAAGCCAGACAAUGUUACCCAAGAAGGAAUAUUCAGACGGACAGGAUCACUAUCCCGCCAGCAGGAGUUAAAGAACUUACUUCUCACUGGCUCCAACCUUGGUCUUGAUGAAAGAAAAUUUACUGUUCAUGAUUGUGCGUCUGUCUUGAAAGGUUUUCUAGCUGAACUACCCCAGCCUUUACUGAUGGAUCAAUACUAUCAGACAUAUUGUACUUUAGCAGUUCAAUAUCCACCGAAUGCAGAAACAUCAGAAGUCAAGCUCCUGACGGCACUUCAAUUGCUGCUUUUACUACUUACUCCAUCUCACAGGAGUUUCUUACAAAGAUUAUUACUACUGUUGAGGCUGGUUGCAGACAAUGAGUCUUCUAACAGAAUGUCGCCAGAUACUUUGGCCACCAUGUUCACCCCACACUUGCUCUGCCCCAGGAAGUUAUCACCAGAAACCUUUCAUGCGGACUCAAUAGCUUUAUCUCCGGUUAUCAGCUUUAUGAUUCGGCAGUCGUCACGGUUGUUUGAUGCGCCUACGCAAUUGACAACCGACGCGGCUGUGUACUUCACCGUGAGGGAGAAACGGAGAGCCAUGUCGCCUGAUGUGGACCUUGACGAAAGUAUUACUGACAAGACCGCUGCCAACACGGUUUACACGUUCGUGGACCGCCAUCGGACGCGAGUCGAGAAUGAGACCAAUCCAACAGACACUGCGCUUGCGCAACUAUAUGCGCAUAUACAAGCAUUACCUGACUCACAACACAAAAGGAGACUUAUCAAACACUUUAAUAGGCAGAAUGGAUAUGGGACUCCAAUACAAAUUCAACGUACAGGUAAAAUCGCCGGUUCCAAAAGUUUCGGCGACUCCAUCAAGAGACACAUAUUUAACAAGGGCCUGCUCAAUAAAACACCAAAGAAAGGUUCUGGAUCUAGUAUCAAUGUCAUUGAGGAGAAAACCGCCAAAGGGAAGCUAAGGUUCACAGACGAUAGCAAAGUCGAUGUAUCGCAUAAAAACAUAAUACUUAAAAACUUGGCAAGCAAAAUUGCAAGUUCAGAGUCGUUAGAUGACGAUUACGAGUCGGACGCCAGCAAUGAGAGCACGUUAUCCGAGGGUGCAUUAAAUAGUCCCCGAAAAAUGAGUCCGAAGUUCGUAUCCGAACCUAACUUGAGCGUUCUAGAUGCUAAUGAUGAAACUCCCAAGAAAAAACGAGGCAACAGACUUUUUAGAUCUAAAAUGAUAACCAAUCAUACCCUAAAUAAAAAAUAUCAAAAACGUAACGGCGCGAUACGCGGCACUCCCACGUGUGUAUCUUGUGUCGAAGAUCAAGACACGGGCUCAGAAAACGACAUUUCUUACCAUCAAAUGAGCAGUGACAAGAGCCCUGUUGAAGAUACGCCAAAGAAAUUUCUAGAAAAUGAUAAGAAGUACUUAACUAGUACGCCGGGUAUUUCUGAUGUCGUUUUCGAUGAAGACUGUGCUACGCCUUAUACGAUCAAUUUUAGAAGAGCCUCAAUGUCGCCUAUUACGAAGUCGACCCAAAAGUUGUCUAAGGCUAUGCAGGAAUCCAUAAUGACUCCCCGCUCCCGCAAACCUCUAAUAAUAACAUCAGAACAACGCGACAGCAUGCCGGAAACGGUAGAGGAUAAAAACGAAACGGCAAAAUCAGAUGGGAUGUACCAAUCUAUGUCACUGAAGAACGAUAGUGACUUUGUGUCGUCAGACGAUGAGAAUGACGUCACUAGGUCUAGCUUUUCUUGCGAGAGAUCAAAUCAGUCAACGAGUAAGUCAUUACACAGGAACCCCUUAGACGCCAGAUCUGUUUCUCUCACUGAUGUCAGCCCCUUAAGGUCGGAGAACACGCGGUUUAUUCUCGCUCAUGAACGACCGAACAUAGUUGAAGAUCUAAACACAACACUUUGUGGAAGCGAAGAAGUCCUACCAAAGUUUACAAUGUCGCUGACAAAUAUAGACCAAAAAACAAAAGUGCUUUCCGAACCUUUUAGAGAAUACUUACUUAGCAGAUCAGUAUUAACAGCAACUCCAAUCGAUUUAUCUAUACUAAACAAAUCGAGUGACGCUGAUGAAAAAAUUCCCGAUUCGCUACUCUACUGUUUAGACGGAAAUGUUCCUUCAGACCUGACGUUGUCGAUUAGUAAUUUAGCAGUUGAUCGAGAAUCGCCUAUGAGGUCACCGUUAUCGAAUAUAAAUGUGAAUAUCGAUAAGAGCCCGAACAGAAAGCGCGGUGCGAAUAGCCUUAUGUCAACGGAUGAAUCGAAGGCGGAAAAGAAAGCAUUAGUUGACAAGGAAAAUUUCAAGGAACAGGUUUUUGAAAUACGAGAAACAGAAUUGUAG